AUGCAGAAGACAGAAGCCAAAGAAGAAGGUGUUGCGGCGUCAAAACACAUUCGCCUUGUUUGUUCAAACAAAAGAAAAAAUAAAAUAAAAAAAAUAAUAACAAUCUACUUCGGCGUGUCCGCGGCUUUAAUUUUACUCACAAUAUGUGUCUUUUCCUUCAGCUACUUAGCUAACUAACCGCGAGUUCCACAGUUCAUGCUCGAGGAUCUCUACGUUGAUCCUCACAGUCCAAGUGUAUUUGUUAAUCUGUCAUCUACCAACCCAAGCUCCAAGUCAAGUGUUUACUACAGCAAACUGAGUCUACACGUCCUAGUCCCAGGAGACUUCGAGACAGAGACUGUUUUCUUGCAAAGCAAGCGGCAGAAGCCUCGUGAAGUUACGACUUGGACAGCGGUUUUAGCAAACAAUAACGACAAUCUUAAGCGGACCUGGGAUUUUCUUGUCAGCCACGGUAUUGCCGACGGUUACGUUAUAGCCGAUAUAAAGUUCCAAUGGAAGAGUGGGAUCUUCUCGUUCAGAAAGUUUGGUUUGCACGUAAGAUGUCCGGUUUUGCUCAUAUUGGACGAUUUAAGCUCCACAAGCAGAGCAGUGUUCCCUUGUUCUCAACACUUCCAUCUUUAAAUUUUGAACUCUUGAUUCAUACAAAACAUAUAUACGGAAUAAUAUACAUAUAACCUUUAUUUUGGUACUUUGAGGAAAUUAUU